GGCGCCACCUUGCAGCGAGCGACAAUACUAGGGAAGAUGGCGUAUAUCAACAUUGCAGACUGGACGCCGGAGCACGUAGCGGACUGGUUAAGAGGCCUUGACGACAUCAUUAUCCCCUAUGUGCACUUCUUCCUGAACAAUGACAUUGAUGGCCACCACCUCCUUACACUUGGCCCUGAUGACCUCACCAGUCUGAAUAUCACAAAGAUAGGACAUCAGGAACUCAUCCUUGAGGCUGUUGAUCACUUACGACAACUGCACUACAGGCUGCUCACAGAAAACCUACAGUCGCUGUCACUGAAGUUAGGCUGCAGGGCACGGAGUUUAUAUAAUGACAUUAAGCGAAUCACCCCUCCAGACCAGGAUAAUGUCCCAAAGAUUUCCACAAGCAUACUGGCUGAUGUCUCUGAAGUCCUUGUUGCGGUCAAGGCAUUUGUAUCGUGGCUGGAUAGGCCUCCAUUUGAAGGCCAAGAACGGUACUUCAAUAUACGUAAGACAGUGCUGCAGCUCGGCAUUGAGUUGGCGUCGACCGCACAGCGAGAUCACUUUGCUGAUAAGCCUUUUGCUGUCAUACAGGGCAGUUGCAUGAACUUGGCUGACCUGUGUGACAUGAUUAUUCAGGAGUGCAAUGACUCCCUCAUCAUUCAGCCUGCAUCACUAGACGUAGCGACUGUCAAGAAAAAAUCGGAAGAAGAAUGGGGGAUGCAAAUACACUCUUCCUAUUCGGGCAUUCACGUUGUCGGCGGAGUAAAAUUUCAAAGCCCGUGCCAUAGGUGUGGAAAGGUUGAUGUUGGUGAUGAAAUAAUCCAGAUUAACUAUCAGACAGUGAUUGGAUGGCAACCCAAGCAUUUGGUCUACAUGUUGCAAGAGCAUCCAGCAGAAAUUUUACUCACACUAAAGAAGAGGCCUAGGCAUACAAAUAUUCUUGGACAGGUGAUAGUUUUGAGGCCCUACAGAAUACCCCUCAAGAAAACAACUUACGGGAAGGCUCGUAAGUGGUCAGAAAAUGGUGUACCCCAAGUUAGCAUCGAGGAAGUGUUUCCACAGAAAGCCCAACAAGACUCGUCCAGUCCAAGGGCACUACGGGAUGUUGAGGAUGACGACUCCGCCUUCUUACCCGAUGAAGCCGCGACAGCAUCUGCAGCAAGCAAUACUUCCACAUCCUCAGUUGUGCCAUCCAUACGUGCUCAAGUGUUUCCACCGCGUUCUCGUGCUACCAUCCAUAGGAGGGCCACAGUUAGUGGCGCAUCCCCGACAGUAACAAAAGCCCCUGUCAGCAUUGUUGAUCUCGUGGCCGGUGGAGUGCCAUCGAUUUUAGGAGGGAACAAAAAGAAAGAUGCUGUGAUUCGUUCAGUUUCUCAUGAUCCCAACAAGCACAUGCCCGGAAAGCUUUCAAGUGUUGACGACGAUGGAGUUGUGGACCCCCCACCACCUGAAAACACAAAGCCAUCAGAGCCACCCCCCAGGAGGUCACCAAUGCUGAAUCGCUGGAAGGAAGUGGAUAAAGAUGACCCUGACGAUCCACCCCCAGAAAAAAUGCGUACCUCUUCAGACUCAUCAGUUGUGCCCCUUGCCGCAAAGAUGGCGUCUCACUUGCCAAAUGUUGGUCUCCCACGGCGAGAUAGCAGCAAGUGCUCCCCAAGCAGAGCAUCACUUUCAAAGAGGGUAUCACUUACUGGCAGCAGUGCUGAUCCCGGACUACCCGAAAAGCCGGUCCAGUCCACUGAAAAGAAGGUUGAAGCUGCCUCCACCAAGGACCGCAAAAUAUUUGCACCAUCCAUGAGCAAACUGUCACCAAUGGCCACUCUCAAGGUGCCAAAAAUAGAGGAUCUCAAGAAAGGAUGCUCACAGGACAAGCUGUCUAAAGAAAAACAGCGAAAUCCCAUGUUAGAAAGGUCGAGUCAAAGUCUUGACAUACCUCCAAAAGCGGGACAGAACUCCAAGGAUUCUCCAAAGAAGUCAUCUCAGUCCCCAUUGCUGAAAAAGCGUGAAUGUGUUUCCAAGAGGUUAGCUCACCGCAGUACACCGUGCAAGGAAUUGGGCAUGGGCGACUGCGAGGGAUGGCUCUGCAAGCGCAAAGAACAAAAAGCAUUCUUAAUGAAGUUGCUCUGGGUGAAGCGCUGGGUGCUGCUCAAGGGCCACUACCUUUAUGUUUACAAAAGCAAAGAGGAUUCUAAAGCUGAAUGUUUCAUCUACCUCCCUGGAUUUGUUGUCACACCAGCUGUUGAGUGCAGGUCUAUAAAAUGUGCCUUCAAACUUUAUUACUCAGGAACUACUUUCUACUUUGCUGCAGAAUCCCAAACUGACAUGAUGAGGUGGAUUACUGGGCUUGGGAUUGCGUGCAAGGCACUCAAAAGUCCUUCCAAUAACAGCGUAAUAGACAAGGUGAAUGAACCAGAAAGCCCAUAUUUCUCGGAGACUGACGAUGACAGUGAACUUGAUGGAUGUGCCAGAAAGGCCAUUGCUGCACUGCCAGUCUCCGGUGACCGUUUGAAGUCAAGUGACGUGCCAAAGCAAUCGCCCAAGCCCAUGCCAAGAACUAUUUUUCUACGUUCUACCAUCCCAGUGUCACAGUGUCCCGAUUCCAGUGCCUCCAUCAAUUCAGCCACAUUGUUCUCUGGACUGGCAUCAAGAGAUUCCAAUACUAGGGCUCCGAGGAAUGCUUCUCUUCCACGUGACAGGAUUUCUGCUGUGCAAAAUGGUGCAGGAAAUUGUGUGGUUUCAUCAGCAUUGCCCAAAGAAUUGUCUCAACCAUGCAGUGACAUGCCCGUGCCAACGCAACGAUUCUCAGGCCACUGGGACAGUGAGGACUCCAGGCAAAAUCCUGCUAAACGGGACAUAAUGAGCCAUAGACUAAACCCACCGCCAUCUCAUUAUGUUAACGUGAGCUUUGUGCAGAAAAAUGCCAAGCCCCAAAAGGCAAUUCACAGUCAGAGCUUACAUAGGGAUGUAAGCGGGCAGAGUGAGACCAUUACUGCUCGUCCUCCAGUUUGUCCCAGUUUGCGGUACGUCACUCAGGAGGACGCGCCUCCACCAGCAACUAGACAGCCUCCUCUGCAACAGCCAUCAGCAAUACUGCACGGCAAUGCUGCUGUUCCUGCGACGGAACCAACGCAGGGACAUAAGCAGGAGACCUUAUUGGACCGUGAAUACAACCGUGUGUUCAGGAAGUCUCCUUCUAGCUCCUCUUCUCCAGAUCCCACUCACUCGGAUAGUUCAGCACCGUCACCCAGUCCAUCACCGUACGGUCCAUUAUCGGCGCCUGCACGGUGUGCGUCCAGUAGGGCAAUCAAGGACCUUUAUACCAACCGAAGGAAUUCCUGGAAGGGCUCACAGCAAGAGCUCAUCACAGCUCAGUAUUCCCCAGAAUCUCCUUCCCUGCACGAGGCGCAGGUACAUGGCUGUCCUCCGCAGAAACCGGAUAUUUUGUGCCACAGGAUAGGGGUGCCCGAAAGCUCCAACUCUGGGUUCAUGCCCGCAUCUUUUAGGGACGCAAUUUUUCCAAGGCGAGCUUCUCAGGAUAGCAAAAAUGCGCCCCAAGUUGAAAACAAGGGAAAGACAAUGCCGCCAGCAGUACGGCUCUCUACCCAAAGCCCAGUCGCCGUAGAGCCACCUCCAAAAUCACCAAUCAGGUUCUUCCACUCACCCAAGUUUCUAAAAAAGUUUGCCUCUUCGACUCGAGAGGGACUGUCAAAUAUCUUACGAUCCCCUCGGCUAGAGAGGAAAAAGGUAGUGCCGGAACGGGACGCUUAUGGCUCGCCAAAGUUGAGCAGGUCUUCGGGUGUCCGCCUUUUGAAAUCAACUUCGGCGUCCUCUGCACCAUUGGACUUGAAGGAUGACAUGCUGCACUCACCGCCUACCAAGAGUGGCAGUAGCAGCAGCCUUAACAGUAGCACCUCAGCUGGAAGUUUUGUGACAUCCUCGUCGUCAUGUUAUGCUGAACUCCAUGGAGCCCCUGGUACGCCUGAAACUCAUCGAUCACGGCCCACGAUGGGAGUGUCGAUGCUGCGUGGUAUGAGGAGGACGUCACCGAGUGUGACUGGUUCAGAGGAGCGAUCGUUCUCACCUUCGUCACUCUCCUCCGCUAGCGGGGCACAAUGGGCAGAUGGUAGCGUCUUUGGAGAUGAUCCUAUCACUCCCGAUGCCAUAGGAAGUGGAUCUGAACGAGAUUAAUGGCACCAUACAGCUUUCUAAUGGAAGGAGAAGCUUGUGACACAAAGAUGGCGUAUAGGAGUUCUAAAUCCCAGAGGCUGGAAUCGGACUCGUGCAAACUUUGUUACAUGUGACACCAGUUUAGAGGACCAAUGCAAGAACAUGGAAAAGCUAUGCUGUAAGGCUGAAGUGGAACAUACCUCCAUGCCAGACUGUACCUAACUUACCUUCCAAUUCUGGUCGUCCUGAAAUAUAUUCCAAGCGGUGUAAAUAGCAGGAAAUCCAGUGACGAGGGUUUUCGCAGUAUAGGACUCUGUUGGUUGUUCCUACAAGACUGUGGCUGUGGAUCUGCUGACAGUUCAUAAUGCCAUUAUUUUUCUUUGUCAGGUGAGCAAUAGUGACAUCAUUUUGUGAAGUGUUUGUGCUUUGUUUGCGCAUAGCAUGGUUUGGCAUCCGUUUUUAGAUGCAACAAAUCCCACAUAAUGUCACAGUUACUGGAUGCCAGCUUUAAUGGGGCAGUAACCUCAUUCAGCAGUAAUUUUGUAUGAAGCUUACAGCUCAACCUCUUUGUACAGUUGCUGAAGGACCUAGUUUUUUUUAUGUAUACAGUGAUAGUGCAUAUCAUUCAGAAAAAUGCGUUUCAUUACAAGUCUUUGAGCCAAUGGCUUUGCUUAACUCGAAGCAUGACAUACUCAUCAUUACCUGCUAUUCACAAAACCAGCUGGAAGUCAAUGCUCUGGUCAGCCUGCAUGUGCCCAUCUUGUAACCCAUGAAGUGCAGGUGUUUCACUAGGUAAUUCUGUGACCUUAACAUAAUGGUUGCUUAUGACUUGCUAUUUCACAGCAGCGCUGCUUGUGACAACAAAACAGGGUGCCUACAGUUUCUGGCCUCAUAAAGUGAUGUGUAUUUGAAGUGCAAGUGAUCCAAUACCUGUGUAGUGCUCGAGUGCGCUCCAUUUGAUUAUAAUCAGAACUUCUAAGUUCAGACUUUACAGGGUGUUGUUCCAUCCGUAUUUUCUGUGUAGUGUUGUACAGCACCAUGUGACCUGCAUGGUACAAUCUUUUUGGCUCACAGUUUCGACUGUGUCUUUACGGUUCAUAUAGGCUCUUUUUAGAGUCUUGUCACUAAUGAAUGGCAUAAAUAUUUUAUUGAUGUAGUUUUGGAAAUCGUUAUGGUGCGAAAACACAGCAUACUCUGGUAGUCGAGUGGAGUGACAUUGAAUUGUAAUAGUAUACUUCACUCGUUGACCACCGUCACAGAACCAAGUUUUGAUAAAGAUUAAAUUGCAGGGAAUGAUUGAAUAACCAGUUUUCAACUGACAAGCCUAAAGUCUGUGGUUGGAGAUAGUGCUUAUGAUGAAACAUGAAAUGUAUUACACACUGUCUGGUUUCCAUGCAAGUUCUUUGUAGAAAUGUUGCAACAUGCCACUGUACACAAUCAUUGUGAAGCAUGGUACCACAGUGAGAUAACUUGCAUUAUCUGUGAGUAACUUCCAGUUCUAGCUAGAGUGGCAUGUUUUCAUUGUUGUGGGAAAGCACAUCUCUAUUUCCCAAGCCCUAUGAAACUUUUUUGAAGGGAGUCAUUGUUCCUAUUUUAUAAAGAAGUUGUUUCCCCUGCCCCAGGCAGCGUAGUCGAUGCCCUGGUACCACAUUCACCCUUACUGGAAUCUGCACGUGUUUAUAGCUGGCACUUCUGCUGUUUUUGCCUUAAAGUGUCACUCAGUAAUACGUGCAACAUAAUGUAUAACGAUUAUCAUCCAACCGGUACUGUCAUACAAGUGCUUGGGGUACUAAGUGCAUAGCACAUCUUUCACACUAAAUGUGAAUGCUGUGGACCAGAGGAGAACAGGUGAAUGGCAGCAUAGCGAGCUCUUAAGGCAUCUGUUGCUUUGAGCUUCUAAAUACAUGUAAAAGUGACUGGAACAUCAGUUAGCGUAUGGGUUACAUACUAAAUGAUGCUUGUUUUUGCACCUCUAGUGCUAAAAAAAGUGGCGGCAUGAGUUGCUCUACCCUAUGGACAAUUUUGACAGCUACAUUUAGUGGGGAAUGGAGAGGGUGAGUUUUAUUGAACACACAAUAAAUUUACUGCAGGUUACAAAUGGGACGGCUAACUAGUCCUGUAACACUACAAUCCCGGCGUAAAAGUUACACCUUGUAAAUGUCCUGGAGGAGCAAGUCAGUCAUUACGCCUUAAUUUCAGAUUAAAUUCAGGAUAAUGUGUUUACUAUGGGCAUUGGUAUUAUUUUACACAACUCUUUUCUCCAGAUUUUCCAGUUUUGAACUCUAGAACUCAUUGAAUAAAAUGUUUCAAGGUAACAUCAGCAAAUGUGGGAUUAAGCAAAGUGGGCAAAACACUCCACAUUAAUCACAGAAUGAAAAUAUGCUUACUUUGCAACAUUUGGGGACCUUGUAUUGUUUCUCUCCUGUUACGCCUGGCGUAAAACCAGUCCUGCAAUACGACUCGUAUGCUGCCAUCUAUUGCCCAUGUUCAAGCGACGCUGGUUGUCCACAUUCCCUGCCGUCUGCCACUACACAGCUAUCCCUUACUUCAUGUUGUCAUUGUACAUAUUUGUUGGUUGCGGGCAGUGCUAUCUCAACACUCAGGGGCCAACCCUUACCAUCAUCUAACACAUUUUAAGCUUUCAGAUGCCUUUUAUAGCAUUAUUGCGCUUUCAUGUUUUUGACUUCUUUAUGUCUGUUUAGACCCGUCCUGGUCACUGUGGUCGAGAAUGCCUAAUGAAUUUUAACCCAAGUACCUACAGUGCCGUUCGUGACACAGUUUUGUGGCGCGUGCUGUCUUAACCAUGGUAUUAAUGCUCUUUAGUGACUUGUGUCACGGAAGCGUCGUGUUUACUUCGAGUCGCUCUCACUCGAGGAGGAGGUCUUAUGAUACCACUUUGUACAAAUUGUAGAUUUUUGUAUAUAUAUUACAUAUACCUAUAAGUAUAAACAUAUCAGAAAUAUUUAGUGUUCUUCUCAAGCCAAGUUAGUCAUAUUCAAUUUAUUAACAGCGUUGUUCUUGUUAUUUACAGUGGGAAAUAAAAGAGGAUGGCUCAGAUGACUGAGCUGCCUUCUGUUAGC